ACGAAGCGCCGUUUACGAUUCAAUUCACGGCGAAUAAAACAUGGCUUGUUUUAACUUUCAAAGCGAAGGUUUAAUUUCCCAAGAAAGUUAAUGAUCUGAGACAGAAAAAUGAUCCGCAGAUGGGCUGAACGCUUGUUACUACUAGUGGUAGAGGCUGUGCUAUUCCCGCAGCCGAUUGAUUCAAGUGAGCGUAUAAUACGCGCGACAGCUACACUCGGCGCCCAUUACCUGGUUGAGUGCUCACUCCCAGGUUAUUCGCUGCCCGAUUUAUCCCCGCCACUAAUCUUUUAUCUUCUCAUGGGCCAACCUCGUGCUGAUGGAUAAAUUCUUUCUGUCACCGUGCUCGGUAUGGCCAUUU